AUGUGUAAAACUGUCAGCUCACUUGCUUCCAACCACGUGACCAGUGGGAGUGUGCGGUUGGUUGCCUGUCACCAGGUCAAAUCUGGAUCCAUUGAGAAGUUUUGGUUUUUGUAUCCAAUGUUUCAUUUAAAAAACAUCCGUGAAUUAACAUGUUUGUUUGUUACCGUUUGUAUUUUGACGAGCCACUCGUCGGCAGACGACCAGGACUUUAUGGAGGACUUCUUGAAGCGGGAAUAUUCUCUGGCGAAGCCUUACCGGGGGCUGGGUUUCUCUAGUUCUUCACAGUGGGAUCUGAUGGGUACUGCCAUGGUUACACCUGAUCAUGUGAGGCUGACCCCAGACCUGCAGAGCAGACAGGGAGCGGUGUGGAGUCGAAUUCCUUUGUUCUUGCAAGAUUGGGAGCUCAAGGUGCACUUUAAAAUCCACGGCCAGGCAAAGAAGAAUUUUAAUGGGGAUGGAAUGGCCAUCUGGUUGACAAAAGAUCGCAUGCAGAACGGUCCUGUGUUUGGCAACAUGAACCAGUUCACUGGACUUGGAAUAUUUGUGGACACUUACCCUAAUGCAGACAAAAACCAUGACAGGACUUUCCCGUAUGUAUCAGCGAUGCUGGGGAACGGGACUCUGUUGUAUGACCACGAUUCUGAUGGACGGCCCACUGAGCUCGGAGGAUGUACAGCUAUGGCGCGCAACGCAAUCUACGACACGUUUCUCCUCGCCAGAUACUCCAAAAACAGACUCACGCUCAUGGUGGACGUAGAUGGUAAACAGGAAUGGAAAGAGUGUGCUGACAUCACAGGACUGCGUCUACCUAAAGGCUACUUCUUCGGCGCCUCUGCUGUCACUGGAGACCUGUCGGAUAACCAUGACAUCAUCUCCAUGAAGUUGUACCAGCUGACAGUACAGAGGAGUGCUGAAGAGGAGGAAGAGGAGGAGGUCACCAUCCCCAGUGUUGACAAUGUGGAACAGUUCCGAGUGGAAAUCCAGGAGGAAGAGAUGAGCGGAGUCCAGUUCUUUUUCACCAUCCUCUUCUCCAUCCUGGGCCUAGGCGUGCUGGCAGUGGUAGGGCUGGUAGUUUACGGCCGCUGGAAGGAAAACAGACGCAAACGUUUCUAUUGAUCAGAGAACAAUUGAUCUACACAGGUUUUCAGAAUGUGUGUUUCUUAAUCAACAUACAACACAACAAUGCAAAAGACUGCCAUAGCUUUACUGAACCAUACAAUCGAAUGAACUCAAUGAACAACCUCAUGGGUCUGAAACCCAGAGCCUAAAGAACAUAAACAGCCGAGAUGAACAGGUGAGCAGAUCAUGAACAGGUGAGCCAGCUGUGAAUUUAGUUUUGCGUUGUUUUUUAAGAUAGAGGAGCUAAAACUGCUUUAGUAUGAUCAUCUCAACCUAAUGUGGAGCACGGUGCGUCUGCAACAUCUGCACUAACUGACACACUGUAGAUUUAACAUGUUUCUGGUCUCAAUGGGAAGAGACAAACAAAAGCUUCAGAAAGGAUCACAGAUGCUGUGUGUAGUUUACGGACAUUGUGUUACAGGAUUAAUAGUUACCUCUUACUGCCACUUGGUGCUGCCAGCGUGCAGUUGUAAUCUGACUCGUAGCUGCUGUGAAGACCAAUCGACCUGUGGAUCACUGUAGACUUCUUGCUGCACUGAAUAAGUCAGAAUGUUCUGAGCUGCCAUCAGCACUCACAUGGAUGAAUAUUAGCCGUAUGUAAAUGUAUGAUUGAUGACACAUUGUUGCACGUUAAAAGAAGGGUUCCGAGUUAGCAGUGCUGCAUGAAGUGCCUAGCUAGGACCAAUAAAGACAAGCUCUUUACUUUAUGUUCCAGUCCUUUCUGCAGCUGUGAACUCCCCUUUUAUUUUUCCUAACUGACAUCAUCAAGUUACUGGCUGCAAGUCACUAACACUUCUAAUAAGUGGAUGUAAAGGUGGAUCUAAAAUAGCAUUUUUCAUCAGACCCCUGCUCAUAGAAACAUUUCAUUUGUGAUCCUGUUGCUGUCGACUGUUGCUCUAGCAUGCACUGUGAAUUAAUGAAUUGAAUUGAAUAGCCAUACGCAGAAUCAUGUAGUCAAGUGUGAGUUUGAGUAAAUUGAAGGCUUAGUAUGUGAAUAUGAAUACUGUUAGCUGUUUAGUUGUUUAACCUGGAAUAAACCUGGUGCCUUGACGCUGGUGUCCAGUGGAGGCGGCGGUGUCACGUUGCGGCUGCUGGAGAAAAUCCACUGCCUUUCUAGUUGGUGUGCCAGUGUCCAUCAGACUGGUGACCAGUAUGUCUCACAUAUAGCCCCUUUCUCCCCUGUCUUUGUGCUCCCAGUCUAUUUUUGCUGAAGUAAUUCAUGUUGCUGAUGCAUGAAAUUCACUUUUGAAUUGAUUUAAAUGUGUAUUGACAUUAAUAUCUAAAGAGUAACUUUCCCCUACAUCUACUAGGACCCCCAGCCCCCCCACACUCCGAGCUGCAAUGAUCAGUCAAUUAGUCAAUCAGUUGUCAACUAUUACAUUUAUCUCAUCUUUUUUCAUAAUCAAUUGUUUUGAGUUUUUUUUUUUCACAUGUGUAACUGAUUUCAGCUUCUCUAAUGUGAAUAUGUUUGUGUAUGAUUUCUUUAGUCCUUCUCUGACAAUAAACUGAAUAUCUUUGGGUUGUGGACUAAACAAGACAUUUGAGGACGUCACAUUAGGCUUUUAGAAACAGUGAUCAACCUUUUUCAUGUUUUUAUGGACCAAACAACUAAUUGAUUAAUUGUGUAAACGGGCAACAGAGUAAUUGAUAAUGGAAAUAAUGGCAGCCCUAAUGCGAGUAGCAGCUAGCGUAGCUCUGAGCAGCUAGCCACAAGCAGAGGUGAGGAGUGGGUUACAGGGUUCUCGUAAGCUCAUUUUCAACCUUGUAGUCUUCAGUCCCAACCAACACUGACAUCACUUGAGUCAGUUGAUCAGACUUCACAUGAAGACACAAAAGACUUUAUACAACUUCUUUCACAUUAUGCAGUUGUACUUCCCUGUAACACCUGUAAACGGGCUGAUGAGUUUCCCCUUACCUUGAUUUUCCACCCUAAAAGAAAUCUGUACUUGUACUAAUGACCUGCAAGUCCACUCUGCUGGUCUUCAUAUUUGCACUUGUAUGUGAAAGAGUUAUACUGUGUGCUGAUGCAAACUUUACCUUAAGGCAAACCACUUAUUAUUACUGGCAUGUUUUAAGCUAAGUUACAUCGGCACGCCUCUGUCAGUGAGUGUUUUCUGUCUACAGGCCUAUUGUCUGUUUUUUUUAUUUUUCUCAACAAACACUGGGGAGAAAACUGUACAACGCCAUCUGAUGAAAAACUCUUGUCAGGUUUGCUCUGUGUUUAUCUGUUGAAAAACAUCAGGAGUAAACAGUAAAUGGAUGUUUACACAACACAAUGAGCAGGUUAAAAUUGAGUACCACUGCUCAGUCCAUUAAAUAUUGAAUUAACUAAUGCUGUUAAUUGGGAAGUCAUUGCACAAACACCUUUUUGUCAUGGGGAAAUAUUUGUAGGAUCGUUAACUAUUGGACAUUUUCAUUUAGCUGUAUGGCAUAAUCUGUUCUCGUAGCUGCUUGAAACUAUACAAUCAGUAGUUGACUAAAACCGCUCUGUGGUCAUAUUUAGAGUUCUGUCUUUACCAGCAUCCCCUGCUUCUUGAAGUUUGUAGACAAUAUUCCAGUGUCGUUGUCCAUCCAGAAGGUUUACUGUUUCUAUUUAAUAAUUGUCUGUCUUGGUGGGCUUUUUUUCUCUUUACUGAAUGUCAAACUGUUUGUUGUAAUCAUUAACUUCACCAUGAGCCACCAUUGGAGCAAACCUCCGUGUAGUUAAUUAUUUCAAUAAAAAUGUUAAGCUAAUUCUGCUUUAAAUUAGCUAAUGAAA